AUGGCCCUAAAAUGGUUAAAAUACUUUUGUCCCAAUGCGAGAUAUUUGUUAAAAGUAGAUGACGAUGUUGCCAUUAACACUCCUCGGAUACUAAAUUCUAUCAAAAAAGGUGACUUUGGUGAGAAAAAAGACCUUUUACUUUGUCGUUACAUGCGAAGUCCUCAACCAGUGAUUAGAGAAAAAACCAACAAAUGGUUCGUCACUUACGAAGAAUAUCCAGCUGAAAAAUUUCCACAAUACUGUUCAGGAUAUGCGAUUUUUUAUUCCUCAAGUGCUGCAAUAAAAAUUUAUGAAGCAAGUCAAACUUUGAAAUAUUUCUGGAUUGAAGAUGUUUUUGUGACGGGAAUCGCGCGACAAAAAGCUGGAAUCCAAGGCACCAAUAUCAUGUUUUAUGCGCAAUUCCAUCUGGAUAAAGCAAAGUUAUUGAUGUCACUGAGCGAAGAAUAUCGAAAUUCGUUCAUUUUGGCAGCCAAUUUUGCUCCUGCUUCGAUACGAGAAAUUUGGGCAACAUUGUUGACGAGCAGAAACUAA